GGGGCUAUAUAACGCCAGGAACCAGCUGGGAGACGCCAAGCAGCAGCAGAAGGAGGAGCGGGAGCGGGGCACCGGAUUCCGGCUCCUUUCUGUGCCGGUCCUCGAGGGAGAGGCUGCAGUUCGGGUCCCGUGGGGGAGUCCGGGGGUCCGGCCGGGCAUCCCACCCAGGCAGCGGGCAUCCCUCCGUCCGGGAGGCCUCGCCCCUUGCCCCUCUGGCUGCAGCUCGGGCCGGGGCGGAGCGGGGGGUGAGCGGGCCGGGCUCCCCGGGCCCCGCCGCGAUGCCCACGCCCAUGCCCGGGCCCCCGGCGGCGGCGGUGGCGGCCAAGCCGUCCGAGCCGCUGGGCGUCUGCUCCAGCUACCAGGCGGUGAUGCCCCACCCGGGGUCCCCGGGGUCCCCGCUGGAGGAGGUCCGGCCGGCGUCGCGGCCCGCCCGGACGGCCCGGGCCCGGGCCAAGCUGCGCAGGGCCCGGCCGGCCCGCUUCAAGACGCAGCCCGUCACCUUCGACGAGAUCCAGGAGCUGGUGGAGGAGGAGGGCGUGUCGGCCCUGGAGGAGGAGAAAGCCAAGAAGUCCUUCCUGCAGUCGCUCGAGUGCCUGCGGCGGAGCACCCAGAACCUCAGCCUGCAGCGGGACCCCCGCGACCCCCGGCUGGCCGCCUGCAAGAUCGGCAACAGCCUCGACUCCAGCGACUCGGACUCGGCCCUGUGAGGGACGGGGACCCGACCCCCCACCCCCCUCCCGCGGACCCCCCAAGGACGAUC